AUGUCUCAUGUCGUCUCCAAGCCCCCUGUAGCCCCCCACACAGCAAAGGGACACACAAAUGAGUCAAAGAAAGAGCGACGCGCCUCGAAUUUCCCUGCCUUCUUCGCCAAUUAUCCUGAGUUCCAGUACAACCCGGCAAAAUCUGCCAUCCUCGAAUUCAACCGACUUUGCAAAUCUUGGCGAAAGAAGGCACACCAAGACUUUAAAGACGCGAUGGUGAAGGAGUUCAAUGAUAUCUAUGGGACCGACGAAAGCAAUAUCGAUUCUUGGCGCAAGAUAUGUAUCGUUUUGGACAUAGAUCCCUUGCCUGACACUGUUCAGGAAGCGAGAGAUGCAAUUUUGUCGAAGCAUAUCAAUCUCGUUGACCUCACCGAAAAUCCUAGGGGCCGUGUCCGCAUUUUUGAUUCACUUAAAGCCCUCAGCACGUACACCAAACGCACAGAAAAGUAUUUCCCAAAGAAAAAUGCGUACGCAGGGGGACUUCUGAAGUACCUGCUUCGGGAGAUUCAUUCCAAGUACGCAGGACAUAGGAAACCUGGUGAUCGCCGUCGCCACCACCAGUAG